UGUUUAAACUUCAAACUAGAAUCGCGGCUCAAAUCUCUCUCUCUCUCUCUCUCCUCUCGUCUGUCCUCCACCACUCUGCUUGCUUGUUUGUUUAUUUCCUACCUCUGUUGGCCGUCCCUUUCUCAUUCUCAGUAUAGAGAAAAGCUCUGUCUUCUUACAUAGAAUCGAAGCGGAGCUUCUUCUGAGCCCCGAAAAACCUUAAUUUACACUCAAGUAUUUGCCAAAGUCCGCCGGUUGCCUUUCCUCUCUCUCUCUCUCUCUCUCUCUCUCUCUGUACCCUGCAUUAUUAUUGCAAACACAAUCCUUUGGGUCCUGCUCAAAACCGCAUUAAUGGAAACCUCAUCACCCAUCUCCAUCCAAAAUACCCCACUACAAGACCUCCCAGAGGCAUCCCCUAAACCCUACAAAAAGAGCUUCGUAACCACACUCAUGGAGGCCGCCACGCUUCGCUCUUCUUCCUUCAAAGAGGACACCUACUUCAUUUCCAACCUCAAGUCCUCUGAAAAGAAAGCUCUGCAAGAGUUCAAGGACAAGCUCUUGGCUUCUGAUGCUUCGGACGCUUCAAUGUGGGGCAUUCCUCUGUUGGGAGGUGACGAGAAGGCAGAUGUGGUUCUCUUGAAGUUUCUGCGAGCAAGAGACUUCAGGGUCUCGGACGCGCUCAGCAUGUUGCUGAAGUGCUUGUCAUGGAGGAGAGAAUUUGGAGCGGAUAGUGUGGUAGAGGAGGAGCUGGGAUUCAAGGAGCUUGAGGGUGUGGUGGCCUAUAUGCAUGGUUACGACCGGGAGGGACACCCUGUUUGUUACAAUGCUUACGGGGUUUUCAGAGACAAGGAUAUGUACGAGAGGAUCUUUGGUGACGACGAGAAACUCCAGAAGUUUUUGAGGUGGAGGGUUCAGGUGCUUGAGAGAGGGAUCAACCUUCUGCAUUUUAAGCCCGGUGGGGUUAACUCUAUCAUCCAAGUCACUGAUCUCAAGGACAUGCCCAAGAGAGAGCUCAGGGUCGCUUCUAAUCACAUCCUCUCUUUGUUUCAGGACAACUAUCCCGAGAUGGUCGCUCGCAAGGUUUUUAUCAAUGUUCCAUGGUACUUCAGCGUCUUGUAUUCGAUGUUCAGCCCAUUUCUAACUCAGCGAACAAAAAGCAAGUUCGUAAUCUCUAAGGAAGGGAAUGUGGCCGAGACACUCUACAAGUUUAUUAGGCCUGAGGAUGUUCCUGUUCAGUAUGGUGGAUUGAGUCGACCCAGUGAUUUGCAGAACGGUCCCCCAAAACCAGCCUCCGAGUUCCACGUCAAAGGCGGAGAGAAAGUGAAUAUCCAGAUCGAGGGAAUAGAGGCGGGUGCAACGAUAACAUGGGACAUUGUGGUGGGUGGGUGGGAGUUGGAGUACAGUGCAGAGUUCGUACCGAGUGCAGAAGGAAGCUACAUUAUUGCCGUGGCGAAGCCAAGGAAGAUUUCAGCCUCGGAAGAAGCAGUUCACAACUCGUUCACAUCGAGUGAAGCAGGCAAAAUGGUGUUCUCGGUAGAUAACACUGCUUCCAGAAGGAAAAAAGUUGCUGCUUAUCGGUACAUUGUGCGCAAAUCCACUGCUAUAGUACCAUCAUCCUAUGCUAAUUAAAUAUUAAAGGUUGUUUUGGGUUUUGUAAUGUUCUUUAAUUUUGAUGGGAUUUAUUAAUGGUUCUCUUUAGAGUUGUGUACUUGCUUAAAAAAACUCUACUUGAUAGUACUAAUGUAAUGUAUAAAAUGAAAAAAAAUUGGGGGUUA